AUAAGGUGGGCCUCUCCCACACUCCACUCAUACUAUUGAGACAAAAAGGCUCACCCACCCCUUGUCCCUUGAUCAUUUCGGCCAAACACCCAUCCAGCAAGAGGAAGGAGCUCUCAAAAACCUCUCACCAUUGUUGAAGGAAGUUCCAACAAGGAGGAAGCUCCAGGAAAAAAGUUUAAGGUCUAAAGUGUACAAAACUUGAGAAAAAGCUAGGAACUUGAUUUAGAGUAUCUUUGGGCUUCGCCGGAGUUUCGCCGGAGUUGGUCAAAGUUGGCCGGAGUUGGUCAAAGUUCACCGAAAAUAGUCAAAGUUCAACCGCGGAGCGUAGAACACGCUUAAGCUCACUUAAGUUUCAGGUCGGGAUUAAAGCUUGCCGCUACCCGCCCGUUGCAUCGGGGAAUUCAAGAGAAGAAGACGUGCUGCGAAUAUCAAGAAGAAGAAAGUUUACAAGUCAAAUACUCCUAGAGGUCCCACGAGAAAUCUACAAUUGGCAAAACUGAGACCCGGUGAGAGGAAGAAAGUAGACUUUAACAUAAAGGGAGAACCCAUUGGUGUUAAUAGAGCUAGUCUAGCGAACUAUUGUGGUGCCAUUGUUAGAGAUACUCUCAAUGCACCACUUUAUCAGAUUGAAGAGUUUUCACAAAUACCCGAAGAGAAAAAGGAUAAGAUGUGGCGGCUUAUUUUGGAAAAAUUUGAUAUUGGGCUUGAUGAUGUUGAAGAUGAAGAGCAAUAUGAAAAGCUAAGUGAAAAGAGAAAAAAGACUUUGAUGAAAUCUUUGAAAAAGAAGUACAAAAGUUAUAGAGGAAGACUGAAAAGUAAUUAUUACGAUACUGAAGACACAGAUGUGGAACGGUUAAAAGAUGAAAAUAAACCACCAUGUGUUAACAAAAAAGAAUGGAAGUGGCUUGUGGAGUAUUUUGGAUCUCCAAAGUUUCAGGAGAUGAGUAAACGAAAUAGUAAGAACCGCUCAUGCCAAACUGCUGGACACACCGCUGGCACAAAGAGUUUUGCUCAAGUUAUUCAUGAAGUGUGUGAAAAAGAGCAAGUCAUGCCGAACAUAUUGGAAGCAUACGAGAUAACCCAUACCAAAAUUGAUAAGACGCCAGUGAAUGAUGUUGUGAAGCAAAAUAUUUAAAAAAUGAAGGAGCUUUUAGAGCAACGUGCAGCAGGGAAAAAUAAUUUGACGAAUGAAGAAAUUUAUGAAAAAGUUAAACCCAAAGGAAAAUGCCAACGUGAUCGUCGAAUGGGAGUAAGUCCUUCCAUUACAUCAAUGUAUGGGUCAUUCAGUGAAGGAGAACAAUUGCGUAAAGAAGUAGAAGAGGCCAAGAAAGAAGCCAAUGAGGCUAAGAAAGAAGCAUUUGAGGCCAAUGAGAAAAAUAAAGUGCUCACCAAAGAAGUGAAGCGUUUCAAAAGCGAGAUGAAAAAUAUGAAAGGUUGUAUGGAGAAAUUUUUGAACAUCAUGGGUUAUGAUAUCUCAGAUUUAAUAACGAAUGAGGUUGACGAGGAGAGUGACGAAGUGUCUUCGGAUGGAGAAGAUCAAUGAAUUAUUUGAAAUGAUUUUGUCUUUAUCUUGUAGUUAUAUUUGACUUCAACUUUUGAUUAGUAGGCAAUACAUUUCUUUACCUAUGUAUUAAUAUAUUAAAUAUUAUUGACUUAUUAUAAUUUUUUGAAGUUAGUUAUUUACUUAUUUGUAAUAGUUGGAUGACUAAACCUUGCUUUGUAUUUAUGCUGCAUCAUAAUGCAGUUUUUGCUUUGUUUUUAU